AUGCCUCAGUCUACGAAGCGUGUUACUUGCGCUGAAAAUGCCAGCACUCACCCUGGUCAGAUAGUGCUUGAUGCACAGCCAAAACACCGGAUGAAGGCAGCAAAGGCAGCAGAUGAUAGGCGCUUACAGGAAGCUCAGGAAGCCAAGGAAGCCGAAGCAGUGGCAGGGCUUACCUGGCUUGCGGCAUUGGAGACGGAUAUGGAAGUAGCCCAGACCCAGGCACAGAUGAACAAGCCGAAGGCUGUCAAGCCCCAUCCUCGACCUGUUGGUAAGAAAAAGGGUCAAGGUGUUGCGAGCAAGGAAGGUGGACCUGAUAUAGACAGUGGUAACACUGGUGCUGCUGGAAUUAGCAGCAAAGUGGCAGUCCUCGGAGAGGAUAUUGAUGAAGACUUCCUGCCUAGCAACGACAAUGACUCGGAAGACACUUUAGAUAUUCAGAAAAGGAGGAAAGGACAGAAAACCACACCACACCAAUCACUGAAGGCUGCCAUUGACAAUGCUCGCAAGAAAACGAUGUUGGAAUCAGGGGUCAUUGAUGAUGAUCAAGCAUGUGCACAGACGAACAAGAAAGGCAACUCUUUAGUACCAGUGAAGUCAAGUCUGUGUGGCCGUAUCCAGAACUGGAGGACAACCAUUCCACAGAAGCUGGCCAGCUCAACCGCUUCUCAGUCUGAUUCAUUCGCAAGUGCCCAGCCUCCACCUUCCACCAUUUUAUCGAGGUCUCAAAAAUCUGCGUCAAGUGCCACCACUUCUUUAAAUUCUCACCUGAAUCAGCCAUCUACUAAGCUUCCAGCUGUUUGUGAGGAUGACUUGGCCCUAGUUGGAGCAUUCGGAGACGAGGACCUUGAUGACUCAAGUGAGCAUGAGGUUGUGCUAGCUACGAAAGGGAAAGUACCCAUGAAGUCCAUUGUUGCACUUACAGAGGAAAUGGAUCCUGACCUGGUGCCGCCGCCUCUAGCUCAAAGGCAAGAUAGAGCCGCCUCUGGGACCAAGAGGAAGACUCUCCAUGACGAUGUCCUUGAAUUCUCUGAUUGUAGUGAUGACUUGAUGUCGCCAGUGGAUGUUAUUGAAGCACUCGACAGCGACGAGGACUCAGAGAUUAUGGAUGUUGAUGAAUUUGAGGCAGUGGUCACAAAGCAGCCAGUCAAAGCCAAAGUGAAGGUAGAAAAAGCUCCACGCACCACAACUUCGACAUUGGUCACUACCACAUCUAGCAAGGCCCCCCCUUCAAAGAAAGUAAAAGCCGAGAAGGAGCAGACAGCAACCAUGGUGCUAAAGAGUGACGGCAGCUGGGUGGAAUCUGUGUUGAAGGCAUGCUCAACAUAUCUGAACACUGACCUUCCUCCUGCUUGCCAUGAAGACACCAAGUGGGGUCGCGUUUUUGUACCAACCAUUUUUCUCUGGCUGGGUGCGCAAGAAGAGCCUUGGACGAUCCCUGACAAGAACCUUCUUCAUGCGUGCUGUGAAAUAUUCAAGGUUGUCUAUCCAAGCAUCAAGUACCAGGUUGUGACAUCUGGUUCAGUUUUCGGUGUUGUCACCCAACAUGUCAAUGAAACCUUCCAUUCAGCCUUCGUUCUGGAGCUUCUCACUACUGCCCAUCUCUCUCGCACGCUUGGGCACGCUGAUGUUCCUGCUCUCAAUACUGAUAAUCUAGCUCAGGGUGGCUUUGUUGGAGCUCUUGGAUUAUGUGCUGUCUUGCUCGAACAUGCAUUUUCUCUACUCAGUGACAAUGCCAUCAGCAUCGAAAAUUUGGAGGAUGCGGACAUGCCAACCACAGCAUGGAAGACUCGUUUCAAGACACCAAAGACGCUCAACAAGGCUACUGGCAAGGAGACGGGAAUGGAGCAUGCAUUCUCGGUCGUUAAAUGGGGGAUGAAAACUGCCGCAUUUGUUCGGGCAGCAAAAAAGAAGGGCCCGGAAGCAACAUGCCUGACAGCAUCCAUGGCAUACAAGCACCUGAAGAAGCCUGGUGCCAGCAUCGACUCAGACGACGAAAUGGAUGACCGUGAAGAUGUCUGGUAA